CAGGUUAACUAGAGGAUUCGGGACGAGUCAGACUGAAUGGACCCCCCCUGAGGCUUGGCUCACUUUGCUUUUGAAACAACUUUUUGCCCAAACCUGUGCAACCAAAGGCCCUCGCUGAUCAAAAAUGGCCGCUGUGAGCGUGCUGGUGCUGCUGCUGGCGGUGGCGAGGGUCUGCAGCGAGAGUCUGGUUGUGGUGAACUCGGGCGUGGAGGUGACGAGGGGCCGGUCCGUGUUCGUCACGGAGAAGGAGCUGAAGAUCAGCGUAGAGGCGACCGCAGACUGUAAGGUGGAGGUGGUGAUGAACGAACCCAUCACCCAGCGAGUCGGGAGGCUGACGCCACAGGUGUUUGACUGUGUCUUCCUGGAGGACGAGGUGAAAUACGUCCACGAUGGAAGUCCUCUGCUGGACGAGGACGCAGUCAUGCUGAGAGUCUACAGGUUCACGGCCCGGGACACGUGGGUGGAGACGCUGGUUCUGCCGGUGCGGGUGGUGGACUCCGGCUCCGGCGUGGUGCAGCUGGGCAGCGCUCCCCUGGUGGUUCCGCUGUUCUACGGCCUAUCCAACACCAUCAAUGCCUCCGUCCUGCAGAUCCGGACCCUGGCGGACCAGGUCUGCACCGUGCGGCUGAUGACCGGCGACGUCGGCGUCCCCGCGCUGGGACAGCUGGUCCGGGAGGAGGACGCCACGCAGAGGAAAGGCCGAGGGACGGCUGCGCUGUGUCCCGGGAACCGACCGUGUCCCCACAGCGCCAGCCAGGUGCGGUCCCUGAAGACCAGCUGCCAGGACUUCCUGUCCUCGGGUCUGAGGUACCAGCACCUCCUCCCCCCAUCGCCGGAGCUGGACUACAUCCCGCUGCGGGUGGAGCUGCGGGAGCGCGGCUCCAGGGCGCUGCUGGACGCGGAGUCGGUGUGGUUGCCGGUUCUGAUCCAGGGUGCGCUGCCCAACCAGGCCCCCGCGGCGUCCUUCAUGGCGUCCUCCAUCUUGGACGUGGACCAGUUCGUCCUGACGCCGCUGAGCACGGCCGCGCUGGACGCCGCGGACGCCGAGACGCCGCGGGACCAGCUGAUCUUCAACGUGACGGCGCCGCCGGCGGCGGGCUACGUGACGCACCUGGACGACCACACCAAGCCCGUCUCGUCCUUCACGUGGCGCGACCUUCACGACAUGAAGGUCGCCUACCAGCCGCCCAGCAGCAGCAGCCAAUCACAGCGCAGGAACUACCAGGUGGAGUUUCAGGUUAUAGACGGAUCCUACAUGACCAGCCCCCCCAUCACGGUCCACAUCUCCAUCAGGGCGGCCGAAACAAACGCACCCAGAGUCUCCUGGAACAUGGGUACGUACCUGUCUCUGGCCAGUAACUUCCUGUCUCUGUGUCCCGGUGUUCCAUGGUGUUCCUCUGUGUUCCACGGUGUUCCUCUGUGUUCCACUGUGUUCCACGGUGUUUCAGGUUGUUCCACGGUGAUCCACGGUGUUCCACGGGGUUCCACUGUGUUUCCUAGGUUUUUCAGGUUAUUCCACGGCGUUCCACGUUUCCUGUCCCCAGGUGGGAAGGCGUUCAUGUUCCGCGUGCGCGACCUGCGGGACGGCGUGGUGGUCUACCACCACUCCGACAGCGACACCACCCGCGACCACAUCGUCUUCCGCAUCAGCGACGGGCGCCACAGCAUCCGCCACAAGUUCCCCGUCAACAUCCUUCCCAAAGACGACUCUCCGCCGUUCCUCGUCAACAACGUGGCGGUGGAGGUGCCGGAGGGCGGCGCCGUGCGGCUGGAGGAGCUCACGCUGCUCGCCGCCGACCUGGACUCCAGCGACGACUACAUCCUGUACCAGCUGACCUCCGACCCCCGGGCGGGGACGCUGGUCCGGAGGACCUCCACCCACGAGACAGGACAGCGAGUGGACAGUUUCCUGCAGAGGGAUCUGAUCCAGGGUCAGAUCUACUACCAGCACUCAGGCGAGGAGCAGUUUGAGGACUCGUUCGACUUCACGCUGUCGGACAGCCACCAGCCGCCCAACCUCUCCCAGACAUACACUGUGGUGGUCCAGGUCUUCCCCGUGAAGGACCAGUUGCCGGUGGAAGUGUCCGGCAGCGUGCGCUCGCUGACGGUGAAGGAGACGGAGGUGACGUCCAUCACCCAGGCUCACCUCCACUUCACCGACCGAGAGCACCCGGACACGGACCUGACCUACGUCAUCACCGAGCCCUGCUUCAGCCCAAUGCAUCCUGGGCUGAUGGACGCCGGGCGUCUGUUCUACACCGACAGCACCAACGCCAUGAAGAGGGACCACAUGGUGCCGGUGUUGAAGUCCUUCACUCAGCAUGCCGUUAACCACCUGAAAGUGGCCUUCAUGCCGCCGGUGGAAGACAUCGGCCCCGAGCCGCUGUUGGUCCAGUUCGUGUUCUCCGUCAGCGACGACCACGGCGGCUCCGUCUUCGGCCUCCUCUUCAACAUCACCGUCACGCCGGUGGACGACCAGGCGCCGCAGGCCUUCACCAACCUGCUGCGGGUGGAGGAGGGGGGGGCAGCCUUCGUGACGGAGGAGCACCUCCUGGUCCAGGACCGGGACACCCGGGACCAGGAUCUGAGGGCGGAGCUUCAGAGGACGGCUCGCCACGGCCGGCUGGAGCUGCAGGGACGGACGCUGCUGCAGGGGGACGCAUUCACCCUGCAGGACCUGAGAGGACUCCGACUCAGGUAUCUCCACGACGACUCGGAGACGACGGAGGACGACGUCCACCUGAAGGUGACGGACGGCCUGAACGCGGCCGACGUCGUCCUGGCGAUACAGGUCCUGCCGAUGAACGACGAGCCCCCCCAGCUGGGCGGGGGCCUGCGGGGGGAGCUGAUCUGCGCGGAGGGGGGGCAGGUGCAGGUGACGGUGGACUACCUGUCGGCCACAGACCGGGACAGCGAGGACUCCAGACUGAGCUACAUGCUGGCCCGGAGUCCCGGUAGGGGGGCGCUGCGGCGAGCUGGACUCACCGUGGACAAGUUCUCCCAGCAGGACCUGCUGCAGGGACACGUCUACUACGUCCACACAGGGGGGGAGAUCGGAGCCGAGCCGAUGUUCGACACCGUCACCCUCAUCAUCUCUGACGGCGAGGCUGGGGGGGCGGACGGCUGUUGUCACGGCGAUGCCCCGCCCCCGCCCGUGCCCCUCCACGGCACGCUUCCUGUGUACGACCUCAACGUCACCAUACUUCCUGUCAACAACCAAGUCCCCGCCGUCACUCUGGGUGAGUCGAUGUUGGUGGUGGACGAGGGCUCCUCGGCCUGUCUGUGUGGGGGGGUCCUGGGGGCCUCGGACCCCGACAGCCCCCCCGAGCAGCUCACCUUCCACCUGGAGACGCGUCCUCUGCACGGCUUCCUGGAGAACACGCUGCCGGCCCCCGGCUCCGAGAAGAGCAACGCCGGAGUCCCACUCGAAUCCUUCAGUCUCGUCCACCUGACCUCCGGUUUCAUCAACUACGUCCAAUCAGAGAGCAGAGGGGCGGAGCCUACUGUGGACCAGCUGUCCGUCAGUGUGAGUGACGGGCUGCACCGCUCCGCCCCCGUCCCCUUCUACAUCAUCAUUAAUCCGACCAAUGACGAGGCGCCUUCGCUUCUGCUCGCCAACUUCACCGUGAAGGAGGGCGGGCUGAGGGCGCUGACUCCGUCUGUCCUGAACGGUUUUGACUUGGACGCUCCCCCGGACGUCCUGACCUUCACGCUGGUGCAGCCGCCGGCUCACGGCCGUCUGAUCAACGGCGUCUACGGCACGGACACGGGAGCCGAGCUCCUGCAGAGGAGCCUGCCCGUCACCUCCUUCACCCUGCAAGAGCUCCGACAAGGCAUGAAGAUCGUGUACAUGCACAAUGACACAGAAACCCUGAAGGACGCCGUGUCUCUGCGACUGACAGAUGGCGUCCACACAGUCCAGGGGACGGCUCAGGUCACCGUGCUGCCGGUCAACGACCAGACGCCUCGACUUCUCAAGAACGCGGGGUUGGACGUGGACUCCGGGGACCGGCGGGUGAUCUCCAGCGUGGCUCUGCAGGCCGAGGAUCUGGACUCCCCCCCCGAUCGGCUGUUCUACUUCCUGAACGCUGCGCCGCGCUUCGGCAAACUGCAGCUCAGGGCGGAGUCGGGCUGGACGGAGUUGUCCCCGGGUCAGAACUUCACCCAGGACGACGUGGAGAUGAACCGCCUGUGGUACGCACACACUGGUUCCAUGUGUGACGUGCUGCUGCGGACCGAGCCGGUGCACCUGGCGGCGGGGGGGCGUGUGGUCCUGAACACCGACGUCCUGCUGGCGUGGGACGCGGCGGGCCGCCCGGAGGAGCUGCUCUACGCCGUGUCGGUGCCGCCGCGGCACGGCCUGGUGCACGGCGUGCAGCGGCCCGGCGUCCCGCUCACCGCCUUCACGCAGCUGGACGUGGCCGCGCACCGCGUCUGCUACACGCACGACAACAGCCGCCACGCGGAGGACGACUCCUUCAGUUUUGUCGUCACCAACGGCGACUCGUCCCGCGGCGGCGUCCUCAUCUUCACCAUCGAGCACGGCGACCGCGUCCCGCCGACCCUCCAUCACAACACGGGUCUCCGGCUGCAGGACGGCGCGACGGCGACCGUCACCGCGGCGCAGCUGCAGCUCACCGACCCGGACACGGCCGCCGCCAACCUGAGCUUUGUCGUCACGCAGCCGCCGCGCCACGGCAACCUGUUGCUAGGGGGCGUCCCGCUGACGCCGCCGCUGACGUUCACGCAGACGGACGUGGACGCGAUGGACCUGGCGUACCGGCACGACCCGGCCAGCCCGGCGGACACCGACGCGUUCCACUUCCUGCCGACCGACGGGAACAACAGAGGAUACCUGGAGUUUGGACAGCUGAGGGACGAGCCGGCCGUCUUCAACAUACAGGUGCAUCGGGUGGAUAGGACGCCCCCCAGUCUGACCACUAGGCGGAGUCCCAGCACCGUGGUGGACCUGGGCGCCGGGCGCUACGGCGUCCUCGUCACCUCCAAACACCUGCAGGCGUCGGACCCCGACAGCCCUGCGGAGCAGCUGGAGUUCUCCAUCAGCCGGACGCCGGAGUUCGGCUACCUGGAGAACGCACUCUCAGGGGCUUACAUCAAAGGACGUUUCACCCAGCGGGACCUGGACCAGCGCGCCGUGGUCUUCGUCGUCCCCGCCGACGUGGACGUGACGGCCGACAGCUUCCAGUUCCGCGUCACCGACCCGGCGGGGAACAGCAUGCUGCCCGAGACACUGGAGCUGUCCUGGUCCCGGGUGGAGUUGUCGGCGACCUGCUACCGGACCUGCGAGACCGCGGGGACGCUGCAGAUCCAGAUCCAACGCCGCGGGGGGAGCGUCGACCCGGCCUACGUCGCCAUCCAGGUGGAGGAAGGAUCGGCCAAACCCGGCAGAGAUUUCACC